CAGGUGAAGUCUGGAGCAGGACUCUGAGGCUUUCUGUUCUCCAUGCUGCUCACGAAAAAGGAGGCUGUGAACUGUGCUCUGGUUCCCGGGGAUAGGAAGCCUUUCUAGUUCAGCUGGAAGUGAGAAAAGGGGUGUAAGCCCCCACCCCCCACGAAGAGGAUCCCAGAGACGACGGGAUCACCCAACAAUCCUCGAUGUGAAUCAAUCCCAUGAUGCAACAUGCCUCCCCAGCCCCAGCUCUGACAAUGAUGGCCACGCAGAAUGUCCCUCCCCCACCCUACCAGGACAGCCCACAGAUGACGGCAACUGCCCAGCCACCCUCCAAGGCCCAGGCUGUCCACAUCUCCGCAUCCUCAGCUACCGCCAGCACACCUGUGCCCAGUGCCCCCAUUGACCCCCAGGCCCAGCUGGAGGCUGACAAGCGAGCUGUGUACAGGCACCCUCUCUUCCCGCUCCUGACGCUGCUGUUUGAGAAAUGUGAACAGGCCACCCAGGGCUCUGAGUGCAUCACCUCCGCCAGCUUUGACGUGGACAUCGAGAACUUUGUCCACCAGCAGGAACAGGAGCACAAACCCUUCUUCAGUGAUGACCCAGAACUGGACAAUCUGAUGGUGAAGGCAAUCCAGGUCCUGAGGAUCCACCUGCUGGAGUUGGAGAAAGUCAAUGAACUCUGCAAGGACUUUUGCAACCGUUAUAUCACCUGCCUCAAAACCAAGAUGCACAGUGAUAACCUGCUCAGGAAUGACCUUGGGGGGCCCUACUCCCCCAACCAGCCCUCCAUAAACCUUCACUCACAGGACCUCCUGCAGAAUUCCCCCAAUUCCAUGUCUGGAGUCUCCAGUAACCCCCAGGGGAUUGUGGUCCCAGCCUCAGCGCUCCAACAGGGCAACAUCGCCAUGACGACUGUCAACUCACAAGUGGUGUCAGGUGGAGCCUUAUACCAACCCGUUACCAUGGUAACCUCCCAGGGUCAGGUGGUCACCCAAGCAAUCCCCCAGGGAGCCAUCCAGAUCCAGAACACACAGGUUAACCUUGACCUCACCUCCCUCCUGGACAAUGAGGAUAAGAAGUCCAAGAACAAACGAGGAGUCUUGCCCAAGCAUGCCACCAAUAUAAUGCGUUCUUGGCUCUUCCAACAUCUCAUGCACCCCUACCCUACGGAGGAUGAGAAGAGGCAGAUCGCAGCCCAGACAAACCUCACACUCCUGCAAGUAAACAACUGGUUCAUCAACGCCCGGAGGCGCAUCCUGCAGCCCAUGCUAGAUGCCAGCAAUCCAGACCCUGCCCCCAAAGCCAAGAAGAUCAAGUCUCAGCACCGGCCCACCCAAAGAUUCUGGCCCAACUCUAUUGCUGCGGGGGUCCUGCAGCAGCAGGGAGGUGCCCCAGGGACGAACCCCGAUGGUUCCAUCAACUUGGACAACCUGCAGUCUCUCUCCUCAGACAAUGCCACCAUGGCCAUGCAGCAGGCCAUGAUGGCGGCCCAUGAUGACUCAUUGGAUGGGACAGAAGAAGAGGAUGAGGAUGAGAUGGAGGAAGAAGAGGAAGAGGAGGAGCUGGAAGAGGAGGCCGACGAGCUGCAGACGACGAACGUCAGUGACCUGGGCUUAGAACACAGUGACUCCCUGGAGUAGUUGGACAGCCCAGUUGGCACUGGUCACUGAGCAAGCGAGGAGUGUCAUCAGGAGGGUGUGGGGUAGGGUGGGGGGAUAUGGGCGGGCACCACAGAGGAAGUUGGGCCUGGCUUCCAAAUCAGUAGCUCGAGGAAACGCAGAGGAGAUAUCCUGCUUCUUCCCAACUACCAAGCAUCAGUGAGCACCCAGCCCCCCUUCCCCUAGAACUGUGGAGGACUCUGUUUGGCAGGGCUGGUCAACAGCCUACACAGAAAGACAGAAGUGAGAUCUGGACUCAUCAACUUCUUGAGAACAGAUGGCCCCCUGGGGGGUCCCCAUAGAAGGACUUGAGUUGUUUACAAGCACCAUGAGGUAGAUAAGGUGCUGUUUUCAGAGUGAGCCUGUGCCAGGGGACAGGGUUGGGAGGGAAGGGAGAGACAAAACGAUUCUAGCAUCUACCCCUCCAGAAGGAUCUCAGCUCCUUUGAGAGACAUCGGAAGGCAGGGGAGAGCCCAAAAGCAUAACCAGAGGCCAGAGGCAUGGAGGGCCCCCCAGGUAACAACACCCCCUGCAGACCGGAGUGGGAACUGAGUUCCAUAGGACAUUGGCUCAGUUCUCCAGGGCUCUGACUCGGCAGCAACGUGGACUUGGGAGAGAGGGAAGAAAGCCAGAAGAGACUCCCCUCUCUCUUUCUCUCUCCCUCUUGGCAAUACAUUGUCAGCUGGUGAGUUCAACUUGUCAGAUGUUAAAAAAGAAGUUUCUCCAUCUGGGUUGGCUUCAAGAACCAAGGAAGUGGCAGAAUCUGGAUGAGGAAGCCAAAGUAAGAUGACUUUAGAGAUGGUACCUGUCGCUUGGAAGGUCGCAUAACUCAGCUCUGGUAACAACAAUGGUCUUUGACCCUAGACGUCUCCAGCCCAAGAUGGAGUUCCUUGGAUGUUCCACGCUCUUUGUGGACCUGCAGAGCGGUGCAUCCUGGGUGGCUUUAGGAGUCUUCCCACCCCUCUGGUCCCCAUGGAAUUCCUCUGCUCUUGAACUGGAACCAUCUGCCUCGACUUCCCUCCUUCAUUUUAUCCUUCAGAGAAAGCAGAACCACCUUUGGAAAGAAGCAUCGGCUCCAUGGGAAGGCAGGAUUUGGAGAAAGCGCUGCAACCCUCUUCCCAUCAGUAUCCAAAAUGGCAGGAGGUCAUGCACCAAAAAGCCUACCCAGGUGCCCACCUUCUCCACCUCGCUGAUCUGCAGCCCUCCACUCCACCCAGCGCUGGAAGAAACUAGGAAUCCUGGGAGGAGGGGACAUUCUACCAUCUGCCCACCCCCUACACACACCCUCCCAGCCCAACAUCCAAGCCCCACGAUUGGCACCCAUUUCUCCUGUUCCCUCCCAACCCCAUGGCCGUGAAUGACAGGCCUGAUCCCAUGUGUGUUUUUCUCAUUGGGUUUAAUUUAAUGGACAUGCAGUUUCAUUUGUAAAUUGUGCAUUAGCCAUCUCUUUCAGUGGCAGGCUUACCUGGCUAAUUGGAGGGGAACCUCAGGGCUCUCUGGGGUUCCCUCUCCUGUCUGGUUGGGUGAAGAAAAGGAUCAUCAAUAUCCUGAGGUCUCCCUGAAAUGAAUGUAUUUCCCCCUC